UCCUGUUUGUUGCGCUGUGUUGGCUUCUCUGUGGGAGGGUCCCAGUCGGCUAAAAAUGCCUGGCAACUGUAACCAACGGGGCAGAGAUAGAAAUGCCCUUCGAUCACUGCCACAGUGGAGUGAGGGGGCAGAGAAAGAAAUGACAUGAGGACAGAAAGAAAUUGGGGCAAGGAGCUUUGAGAAAGGAGAGCGGAAUCAAGUCGAUUAGUUUUGAGUGGGAUUUUUCUCUGCAGGAAGGAAGAUCGUGGAAAAAUCAGAGAGGGAAAAAAAAGAAGACUGGCAUGUUGGAGGAGUUGAAAGAGAAGCAGGACCUCAGGUGCAGCCCAUAGGGAAGGCGGAGAAAGUGUGUGCGCAUGUGAACGAGAGGGAGAGGGAGCCUGGCAGCGAGGGAGGGAGCGUGUGAAAAAGAGACGGAGCACAAGAUCGAGCAAACGAGUGCGAGAGAGAGAGAGCGGGGGAGAGGGAGGCGAAACCACUUACAGCAUCUCUUUCCCACUGCGCCAGCAGUUCAGGGCUGCUUAUCACCUCUGCGCUACUGCUUCUUUUUCAUCUUGUCGUUUUUGUUACACGGGUUUUUCUCUCAAGCCCUUUUUGUUUUCUCAUCUGCUUUUUCCGCUCACUUUCUCCUGUAUUUAAUCCUACAAGCGGGGGACUCGUAUCGGAUUGCUGGAAGCGCCGAUCGAAGACGACAGCGGCAGGACCACGUACCACAUCAUCAUGUGUUUGCUUUACGAAGUUCUGCUGAAAGAAGGAAACUAACGCAUACGGACUUCAGAAACACCGACGAGCGAAUGAAUCCCGGCGUAUCUUCUGUAACACGCAGGAUAACGGAUACGCAGACAUACGGGUCAAAUGGAAAAGAACCUGUUCGUUUGGUCAAUCACGUACGCGUACGUAAUGGCUAGGUAUCAAAACGCAUCACUUUUUCUGGAUACCUGAAGAGAUUUUCACCUUGUCGAACAAAAACGCUACCUUUUUAUAAAGUUUUUCAUUUACCGUCACUUCAGGAAUAAGUAAAUGAACAGACUGAAGCCGGUCUUUAUGGUAAUGCUGUUCUGAAAAUUUCAUUUUUGCUCAAACUGUGGACGCUGAUCCCUUUUUAAAUUUUUUUUUUUAAACGUGAAAAAACAAAACGAGCUGCUGUAGUGUAUUUCGGGUGCCUCGGUUUGGAUUUCGGACAGUCGGAAGCUCACGAGCGCGUCUGUGGAGCAGCCGUGAGGUCCUAACUGUCGAACACCACACAACUUUUAACCCUAUUCUUUUUUUUUUAUUAUUCUUCGAUUUUCUAACUAAUUCCAGAAGCUAUGACCUGAAAACUAUUGCUUUUGAACCCCCAGUGGCUGAUUUUAAUUUUUUUAUUUGUUUCAAGAUUUCUUUUAUUUUUUAUUUUUUUAUUACUCUUGUCAUUUUUCAUUUGAAAAGCUGUAAAUCAUCUAAAUAUUGGGAACUGUAAUGCCUGAUCUCAAAUCCAUUUACCCUCCGCCCCUUUUCGAGGACGGUCAAGAAAAUCAGCACUGACAUGAUGCUUUUUAUUUUUUUAUUUUUUUUUUAUAAUGGCUACUAUUCUCAGUGCCAGUUUUUUGUUUGUAAAUGACAAUUCUUGAAUCUUUCGAGCAUGACUGACUGGAGAAGAAACUUUUCUCUCUUUUUGGUCACUUUUUACUUGCACAUAUUUUGCCAUCGUUUUUGUUUGAUCUUUAACUGUGUUGAGAAGCAGAGGUGAGAUGAAAUACAAAAUUAGAUAGAAGAACAUUACAGACCAAGAGUUUUGUUCACUGGCCUGAAGAACCGAGGAACUUUAUAUGACUGCACCAGGACAAUGAACCGGUCGGGACUGAUUGAGCGUUCCACAAUUGAAAACGGUAGUUUUGGAAGUAGUGCGAGCGUGUCCCUGAACCACUCAUGUCCUCUGGGUUGGGGACAGAACGAGGGUAUUGGGACUUGCAUCUUAGAGACUGGACUUAUCGUGCUGCUGACGGUGCUCAUUAUUGCUGGGAAUUUGACCGUCAUCUUUGUAUUUCAUUGUGCCCCUUUGCUGCACCACUACACCACCAGUUACUUUAUCCAGACUAUGGCCUACGCAGACCUUCUGGUGGGCCUGAGUUGCCUGGUUCCCACUUUCUCUUUGCUUCACUACCCAGCCAGUGUCCAUCAAGAACCCCUCACGUGCCAGGUGUUCAGCUACAUCAUCUCGGUGUUGAAGAGUGUUUCCAUGGCUUGCCUGGCCUGCAUAAGUGUUGACCGCUACCUGGCCAUUACGAAGCCCCUCUCCUACAACCAGCUGGUGACACCGUGCCGAUUGCGCUGCUGCAUCGUCUUGAUCUGGAUCUACUCCUGCGUCGUGUUCUUGCCAUCAUUUUUCGGUUGGGGAAAGCCGGGGUACCACGGGGACAUCUUCGAGUGGUGUGCUAAUUUCUGGCCGACCUCUGCCCUGUUUACCGGCUUCGUCGUCUGCCUGCUUUACGCUCCAGCGGCCCUCGUGGUCUGCUUCACCUACUUUCACAUUUUCCGUAUCUGUCAGCAGCACAAUCGGGAGAUCAGCGAGCGCAGGGCGCGUUUUCCCAGCCAGGAGAUGGAGGCCGGCGAAGGAGGGAGGCACCAUACGGGUCAUGGUCCCGACAGGCGCUACGCCAUGGUGCUUUUUCGCAUCACGAGCGUCUUCUACAUGCUCUGGCUGCCCUAUAUUAUUUACUUUCUCCUGGAGAGCUCACACAUCUUGGACAGUCCUGCUCUAUCUUUCAUCACCACCUGGUUAGCGAUCAGCAAUAGCUUCUGCAACUGCGUCAUCUACAGCCUGUCCAACAGCGUGUUCCGGCUCGGCAUGCGUAGGCUCUCGCAGACGCUCUGUUCCUCCUGCUCGUUCAGCUCUUGUGCCCAUGAUGACAAGGACUUCAGAGAUCCCAAGCCUAGAAAAAGAGCCAACUCGUGUUCAAUCUGAAGAAGUCGUCAUUAACCUCUGAAUCUCACAUCAAGGUUUAGGAUUUGUACGAUUAAUAUAAUGUAUCCCAAAGAGAAAUGUGUUUAUCGUUACUGUUUAUCGGGAUGCAACAUUUCAGGAAUUCUCAAGGAAACAUUCAAUGGGAAUAAACUAUUUAUUUACAAAAAAAUGCAGGAUAGUCUAUAACAGGAAACUUAAAUAUAGAUGGAAAAAAAAAUCUUACAGGGUAAUUUUGGUUAAAACAACCAGCUUUAAUGCAAUUACAGUUCAAUUUCUACCUGCACAUUCAUCAAUCACAUAAACACACAGCCCACUUACUGCAGGGCCACUGAGGCCACGCCCCCUACACUCCUCCAUGACAUUACACACAUCAUCUCUCAAAUCCUGCACACUAAAUCAUGUCAAAAAACAUUUCCUCCUUGUCGAGUUUUCACAUGAAAUUACACUAACAAUUAAAUCAAGUUAAAACUUUUUUUUUUUUAUCUGUAUUAGUUCACAUGCACAUCAGUUUAUGACCAAACAAUUCCCAAGAUGAAGUUUCCAUGGAAAGUUUCUGGUCUCUAAUUGUUACUGAUAAACUCACCCUGUUGGAUUACAGCAUCCGAACCACACACACUGAUUGACUGCGUGCAUCUGCGUAGUGUAAAAGUCAUCAAAUCGAAGGCUGGUAUUUUGUCUGGUUGGACUUUUGUGCAAAAAUAUGCAAAAACCAGUCGUUAAACAACACCAAACAAUAAGGAACUGGUCUGAACCUGUGUGUUGUUAUUGAUUUUCUCUUUGACUGCUUUAUUGAAGUUUUUUUUUUUUCGAUGUAUAUUUUUUACCUUCGACCACAUCUGCUACCACAAUGGCUGCUAUAUAUUGAAAAGACUUAUGAACGUUGUCCACAUAAACUUUUCAAGUAAAAGAAAUUGUGGCAUGUGUCAUCCUGGCAAAUCUUCUCAUGGCAAAUGGACCUCCAAAUCAGGGUGGCGUUCAAAUACUGUGACUUAAUAUAAGCCUUGAAAGGGUAAGAAGCAAAGGUCAAACGAAGGGUAAACGUAGUCAAUCCAAGUCACUGAUAUGCAUUACGUUUUCUUUCUUAAUUUUUUUUCUUCAGUUUCUUUAAAUAGAAACGCUGAACUUUUGCAUACGCACAAUAUUCAAAUGCCGUUAGUAGUCGUGAAACAUAACUUUGUUCCAGUCGGUAUUAUUCUUGGCAGCAAGUAAUUAAACUUGUUCACCUGCAGUGACUCUGUAACCCUCUGGGGGGACACACAAAAAAGGAACCCCACAGUAAACACUUCAUUUUUAUUUAUUUAUUUUUUUAGUUUAAUCAACAUGUCUUGUUGAAGUGCUCGUUUCCUCAUACGCGAGCAAAUCACUUUGUUCGCACCUGCAAUUCUCUGCACUUGUAUCUUUUUUUGU